CCUCCCCUUCCCUGUGGAGAACCACACUACCGGAGGACACCCAGAGAACUCCUCAUCUCCCAACACUCUGGUCCUAUCCACCGGUCCUGACGCCAGCUCCACCAGCUUGCUCUCACCUCUCCCAUCCCGGGGUCUGAGGGGUUCUGCCCUAGCCGACCCGCCUGGGCUCCUCCACACACACACACACACACCCCCCUCCCCCCAGCGCUCCCGUCGGACACAACCCACACCCACCCGCCCGCCGCGACCCGCCUGCUCUCUCCUUUCCUCGUCGAGUACCUGACGCCGACGCUUCCGGAUCACGCUCAGGAUGCCGGAACCCACUAAGAAAGAUGACCAAUCCAAUGGGAAGCCAGGAGAGUGCGUUGUCCCAGAGAGUAACGGUGCACUACCCUUACCUGAGAUAAUCCUGGAGAUCUCACCUCCACCAGAGCCACUAGCAGACGGGGAGCAGCCAGAGGCCAGGGAGUGUGAGCUGCUUCAGGCUGCGGGGCCCCAGGGGCCGGGCCCCGUAGAGGAGGGCUCGGCCGUGGUCAGGGUUAACCCACAGGCUGAGUCUGGUAACCUGGAGGAUGUGGAGGCGGAAUCGUGGUCUCCCCUGGCCGUCGAUAAUGAGGACAAUGGCGUCGGCAGUAACCCCCAGUCUCCGACGCCCCCACCAGAAGACGGAAAUUCAGUCAAGAAACUCUCUAUUGACCUGCCUAAUGAUAGCGUCACUGUGCCAGCAAUGGGGAGGAAAGACUCAGUGUGGUCCCUGGGGGAGGGCCAGGGCCCAGAGGAUCUGGACAAGCCCAUUGACACGCCCCCACUGUCUACACUGCUCAUUGAGAGGCCCCAGGGAGGCUCCGUCGACCUGGGCGCUGACAUUCACUUCAUCGCCAAGGUGGAGGCCAAAGACCUUCUGCGUAAACCCACUGUGAAGUGGUUCAAAGGCAAAUGGAUGGACCUGGCCAGCAAGACUGGGAAGCACCUGCAGCUCAAGGAGACCUUCGACCGGUUCACCAAGAUUCACACCUUUGAGAUGCACAUCAUCAAGGCCAAGGAGAACUACGGAGGGAACUACAGGUGUGAGGUCAACUACAAGGACAAGUUUGACAGCUGCUCCUUCGACCUGGAAGUAAAAGAACCCGAAGCAGGCUCACAGAGUAUUGACAUUCGUUCCGCUUUCAAGAGAAGCAGUGAAGGACAAGAGGAUGCAGGGGAGCUUGAUUUUAGUGGUCUCCUUAAACAUAGGGAGCACAAGCAGGAGGACGUUCCAGAGGUCGAUGUUUGGGAGAUCCUGAAGAACGCCCGGCCAGACGAGUACGAGAAGAUCGCCUUCACCUACGGCAUCACAGACCUGAGGGGUCUGCUCAAGAGGCUGAAGAAGACAAAGAAGGUGGAGAAGAAGAGCGAGGCAUUUGCCAAGAAGCUAGAUGCUGCCUAUCAGGUGGAUAAAGGAGGAAAGAUCCGCUUUAUGGUGGACCUGGCCGACCCCACGGUUGAAUUGAAAUGGUACAAGAACGGGCAGGAGAUCAGAUCCACUCCAAAGUAUAUCUUUGAGCACAAAGGAACUCAGAGGAUCAUGGUCAUAAACAACUGCUCCAUGCUGGACGAUGCCGCCUACUCAGUCGCCGCCGGCGACGAGAAGUGCACGACUGAACUUUUCGUUAAAGAGUUACCGGUGAAGAUUGUGAAAACCAUUGAAGCUGUGAAAACUACAGUGAACGAGAGGAUUGAGCUGGAGUGUGAGGUGUCGGAGGAAGGCGCCCAAGUGAAAUGGAUGAAAAACGGCGUGGAGGUUCCGACCGGGGUGCGUUCAAGAUACCGCGUGAAGGUGGAGGGCACCAAGCACACUCUGGUCAUCGACGACGCCUCAAAGGACGACACUGGCGUGUACUCCAUCAUGGCCACAGGGGGCACGUCUGAAGCUCGUGUCCAGGUCGACCUGAAACCCUUGAAGAUCUUCCAGGAUCUACAGGACAUUACCGUGAAGCUGGGCGAGCCCCUGAAGAUGCAUUGUGAGAUCUUUCCCGGCAACGUCCCGGGACGUUGGUACCGCAACGGACAGCUGAUCCAGGCCAACGACCGCAUCAACAUCCUGCACAGGGCCAAGAACCACCGCCUGGAGGUUGAGGCGACCUCCCUGCACGACUCCGGGGACUACACCUUUGUCCUCGAGGGGUACUCGCAGAGCCUGUCGGCCAAAGUCCACAUCAUCGAUCCCCCUCGAGUGCACUUGGACACGUUGAAUUUCCCAGACAACACGGUGACCAUCGUGGCGGGCAACAAGCUGCGUCUGGAGAUCCCCAUCAGCGGAGAACCGGCACCCAGGGUGGUGUGGAUGAAGGGAGAGAGAGUCAUUCUGGAGUCUGGCCACCGUGUGCAUGCCGAAACGUACGGCGACCACACCAGCCUCACCAUCGAGGUGACCGAGCGGGAAGACUCUGGGAACUACAAGAUCGUCCUGCAGAACGAGGCGGGAGAGGACACCGGCAGUGUCAAGGUCAAGGUUGUAGACAUCCCAGACCCUCCAGAAGCACCUCUGGUUCCUGUGGUGGGCGGCGAUUGGUGCUCAAUGACCUGGGACCCGCCAAUCUACGAUGGCAGCUCGCCGAUUUUAGGGUACUUCGUGGAAAGGAAAAAGAAACAGAGCUCCCGGUGGAUGCGGCUGAACUUUGACCUGAUCAAGGAGACGACAUUCGAGCCCAAGAAGAUGAUCGAAGGCGUUCCGUACGAGGUGCGGGUCUUCGCCGUCAAUGCCAUCGGCGUGUCCAAGGCCAGCGAGCCCUCCAAAGCCUUUGUCCCCCUCGCCGUGACCAGUGAGCCUACCUUGUUGGUGGUGGAUGACGUCACAGACGACACCGUGACCAUGAAGUGGCGCCCGCCCGACACCAUCGGCGCCGCUGGCCUUGAUGGCUACCUGGUGGAGUACUGCGUGGAAGGAACUGAUGAGUGGAUACCGGCCAACAAGGGACUGACGGAGAAAACCAAGUACACCAUCACAGGGCUUCCCACCAACGUCAAGAUCUUAGUCCGGGUGAAGGCCGUCAACGCAGCAGGGUGCAGCACUCCACGCACCAUCCAGCACUCAAUCCUGGUCAAAGAAGUCAUCGAGCCUCCCAAGAUCAGAAUUCCCCGGCACUUGAAGCAGACGUACACCCGGAGAGUCGGGGAAGCCGUAAACCUUGUGGUUCCCUUUCUGGGUAAACCCAGGCCCAAGGUCUCCUGGCUGAAGGAGGGCCAGCCCAUCGACCCUACCCACGUCAGCAUCCGCAACACGGAAUGCGACAGCAUCAUCUUCAUCCGCAAAGCCGAGCGCAGUCACUCUGGGAAGUACGAGCUGACGGUGCAGGUGGAGAACCACACCGACACGGCCAUUCUUGACAUCCAGAUUGUUGACUUGCCCGGGCCGCCCCAGGCAGUGACCAUCGAAGAGGUGUGGGGAGAAAACGUGGCCCUGGACUGGAGCCCCCCCAAAGACAUCGGAAACUCCCCCAUAUCCGGCUACACCAUCCAGAAGGCAGACAAGAAGACCAUGGAGUGGUACACGUGCGUUGAGCACUACCACCGCACGUGCAUUACCAUCUCGGACCUGGUGAUCGGCAACGAGUACUUCUUCAGGAUCUACGCCGAGAACAUGUGCGGUCUCAGUGAAAGCGCCACACAGACCAAGGACUGCGCUCUCAUCGUCAAAGAAGGUCUGCAGCUCAGGACCCCCGAGUACAUCGACCACGACUUCAAGGAGCCCCCCCGCUUCACACAACCUCUGAUCAACACCUUCGCCGUGGCCGGCUACAACGCCACCCUCAACUGCAGCGUCCGCGCCAAUCCAAGGCCCAAAGUGAUCUGGAUGAAGAACAAGAUCGCCAUCAUCGACGACCCGCGCUACCGCAUGUUCAGCAACCAGGGGGUGUGCACCCUGGAAGUCAGGAAGCCCAACCCCUACGACGGCGGUCUGUAUGCCUGUAAGGCUGUCAAUGACCUGGGGGAAGACCAGGUGGAGUGCAGGCUGGAGGUCAAAGGAGGCUUCACCUUUAUGGAGCUCAUGCAACGCGGGGUCCCCCUCCAUCUCAUCGACAAGUACAUGAACGAGGCCAAGGCGGCGGAGCAGGAGAAGUAGAGUCCGGAUCCAGAAUCCGGAUGGGGAUUGAUUUAUUAAGCUGCCCCUGGACGAAUUUGGGUGGUGGUGGGGGUGGUUACUGACUGAAUGAGGGCGAGACAAUAAAGUGUGUGUGUGUGUGUGUGUGCGUGCGUGUGCGUGUGUCCGUCCAUGCGUGUGCUUGUUUGUGCGUGAGCGUAGGUUGCUGAAGCGGGAGUGGUAGGUGUGGUUGUGGGUGGGCGUUCUGCCUUCUGCGUGGCGUGCUGUGUGCGCAAUGGAACUUUAGCUAGCCACCAUAGACAUGUCGAUCCAUUUUAUUUGUCGCCCUCUGGUGUUGAACAGCAGUAUUUCCUGUUUCCGACCAGAUGCAUGCCGUAAGUGUUUUGGUUCUUGCGUUGAACUACAAUGUAUGUAAAAUCUAUAAAUAGACAAAAAAUAAGUGUGUAUUAAAACAAAAGUCCGAAACUAUUGCACUCACCUAUCCUGUAAUCACAUCGUGUUAUUUAUGGAUUGUUGGCGUUAUUUAAUUAUUAAAAGAUGGAAUUUUGAAAUCUAAGAUUUGGAGGAGAUAUUAAGGCUGUGAAUGUUUGCUGGAGGAAGCGAAGGCCUAGAAUUUGACAUGGUCUUUAAACCAGGUUUCUAUUAGGUAUACAUGUUAACGGUUAUUUUUAUUAUGGUUCUUGGAAUAGGCAGUACAAUAGUACAAUGCCUGAGGAAUAAAUCUAUGGGAAUAAGAGACACAUUGUCCACCUUUUCUGCAUGGUGUUUUAUCAAUUCAUGGUAAAAAAAAAUCUGGCUAUAUCAUGCGCAUGCACUUGUCUAUGUAAGUACGUUUCAUAGAAUAAAAAUAUAUUGUACCAUGUCUUCUUGUAAUUACAACUGUUUUUGUCCGUACGUUUUUUUUAUGUAAAAAAAAAAAGACCAACAAUAACUUUGAAUCAUAAAUAGGCUUUACAUUAUAGACUUAAUACAAAAAUAUUUGGAUUCGUUUGGAUAAAAAGGUUAUUGGCCAGCUGGAAUCUCGGCUACUCAUGUUUUAAUUGUAGGAUAUUGUGAAGAUAAGAAAGGAAAAGGGAGCAGGUUCGAGUAUUAAAAUCCAAAUUAUU